ACUUUGGAUAUUUUUGUGAAAAUACCUAGAAUUUUGGUAUUUUCCUGGUAGAGUAUGUGUUUAAAUUGUGUUACAAUAUCAUUCCUUAUUUCAAGAUAACUAAUCAGACCACACAAAUUUGUGUGGUCCAUUCAAUUGGCGUCAUCAAGAUAAGGUUGAAUUCAAAGAACAAUGGAGUUGAAAACAUUCACCUCACAACCCAACAUGACACACUUGUUUCCAAAAUUCACAUGCUGUGUCAAACCUAGUAAUUUCCAACCUUCAAAGCAGAAUGAUUUUUCAUUGAAAAUCAGUAGAAGAAAUUUGGGGUUGAUUCUUAGUAGUGGAGAGUUGAUAUUUAGGACAAAGAAUGCAAAUGCAUUUGAGUUUGGACUUGUGGCACCUGAUCAAACAAUUGAAGAGGCACAAAAUGAGGUGAGAGUUCAUGCACAAGAUUUAUUGCAAGUUAGAGAUUUGUUAGAGUCAGAGUCAUGGAAAAUAGCACAAAAGGAAUUGAGAAGAAGUUCAAAACUUUUGAAGAAGGAUAUAUACACUAUAAUUCAAAGUAAGCCUGGAAGUGAAAGGCCACUAUUAAGGAAGCUCUAUUCUACUCUCUUCAACAAUGUUACUAGAUUAGAUUAUGCAGCAAGGGAUAAAGAUGGACCAGAAGUUCGGCAGCGUUAUGAGAACAUUGUUGCGGCUGUGAAUGACAUUCUGUCUAGAAUAUAAUCAUACAUAAGCAAUUAUUGAUAAGCUUAUGUUGAGAACUAGCCAAAUUUGCUUGUUUCAAGAGAAUGGGAGUAUUGUGACGUGGAAUCAGAAGUAGCUGAAUGAAGAAAAAGGAUCAUGUUGCAUUGAACAUGAAUUUGGUCAUUGAGAGUUACCUAAGAAUAUAUUGAGUGAUGGCAAAUUGGUGUUCAGCCAUAGAGUGUCAUAAGGAACUAAAGAAAAAUUACAAAUGUAGUGAUCAUAAUUUUGGAACAGAAUAAUCUUAAGCAAUUUUUGUACUAUUCUUGCUGCAACAAAAUAAAACAUGCUUUCACCAA